CCCCAAUAUCAACUUUCGUAAAUAGAGGCAUCUUCAUCUGCCAGUGUGGCGAAGGGGAUUCAUCAAUGACCUGAAUUGUCACUGUUUUUCUUGAUCGCGGAAUUGUCACUGUGGAGAACGGAAUAAUAUUCUCACUUUAUCUCUGUUAACUGCUCUUCCAUGGCGAAGAAUUUCGUAAGAGAGAAUGUUCCUCUCUCUAGAUUUGGAGUUUUAGUCGCACAGUUAGAAUCAAUUGUAGCUUCUGCUGCUCAACAACCUCCUGAAUCUGUCCUUUGUUUUGAUCUUCUCUCAGAUCUCAUCUCUGCUAUCGACGAAGAACCCAAGGAUUCAAUUCUUCUAUGGCAGAGAAAAUGCGAAGAUGCUCUUUAUUCUCUGCUUAUACGUGGUGCUCAUCGUCCUGUACGACAUUUAGCGUCUUUAGCAAUGGCAAGAAUUAUAUCCAAAGGAGAUGGGAUUUCUAUAUAUUCUAGAGCAAGUAGUCUUCAGGGUUUACUCUCAGAUGGAAAAAGAAGUGAACCUCUUCGUGCCGCUGGAGCAUCUCAAUGCUUGGGAGAAUUAUAUAGGAAUUUUGGGAGAAGGAUUACUUCUGGUUUACUUGAAACUACUAAUAUUGCGGCAAAGUUGAUAAGGUUCAACGAGGAUUUUGUGAGACAAGAAGCUCUGGAAAUGCUCCAAAAUGCAUUAGAAGGUUCAGGUGGCACUGGUGCCUUUGCAGCCUACGCUGAAGCAUUUCGGCUCAUAAUGCGGAUUGGUGUGUGGGAUAAAUCAUUUAUUGUCAGAAUAGCUGCUGCAAGAUGUCUGAAGACCUUUGCAAGUAUUGGAGGACCUGGGUUAGGAGUUACGGAGCUUGAUAACUCUGCCACUUACUGUGUCAAGGUUCUUGAGGAUCCAAUGUCAUCUGUCAGAGAUGCUUUUUCUGAAGCUCUAGGUGCAUUACUUGCUCUAGGAAUGAAUCCUGAGGCUCAGGUACAGCCAAGAGGAAAAACUCCUGCUACUCCAACACGAAAGCUUGAUGGUUGUUUGCAGAAGCAUUUAACUGGUCCAUUUGUGAGAGCAAAUGGAGUACGCGCGAAGGACGUCAGAAUCGGACUAACACUGUCAUGGGUAUUCUUUCUACAGGCAAUCCGUUUGAAGUAUUUUCACCCAGAUAGCGAUCUUUCAGAAUUUGCUUUGCAGGCUCUGGACAUGCUUCGUGGGGACUCUUCUGUAGAUGCUCAUGCACUGGCAUGUGUUCUGUACAUUCUUCGCGUGGGGUUAGUUGAUCAAAUGACUGAAAGCACUCAAAGGAGCUUUUUGGUUCUUUUGGGGAGACAGCUGGAAUCUCAUGAUAUCAGCCCUUCUAUGGAAGUUGCUGUCUUACGUACCUGUUCGUAUAUUCUGAAGACUUUAGGAGAGGUCCCUUUAGAUUUCAAGGAAGUCCUUGACAACACAGUUGUGGCGGCGCUGUCGCAUUCCGCAGUACUUGUGCGGAUAGAAGCUGCUUUGACUUUACGCGCAUUAGCAGAGGUCGACCCUACUUGUGUUGGCGGUUUGAUUUCUUUCGCGGCGACAACAAUUAAUGCCUUAAGGGAAAGUGUUUCGUUUGAAAAGGGCAGCAAAUUACAGCUUGAGCUUGACGCAUUGCAUGGCCAAGCUACAAUAUUAGCAGCUUUAGUGUCCAUCUCUCCAAAGCUACCUCUUGGUUAUCCAGCAAAAUUGCCGAAAUUAGUGCUGGAUGUUUCGAGGAAACUACUGACUGAAUAUAGUCGGAAUCCUGUUGCUGCUACUGCUAAAAAUGAAGCCGGGUGGUUGCUCUUAGCAUCACUUAUAGCCUCCAUGCCAAAGGAGGAGCUUGAAGAUCAAGUUUUUGAUAUCUUGUCUCUGUGGGCUUCUCCAUUUGGUGGAAUUCAAGAAUAUGCAGCUAAGCAAAAUGAAGACCUUACAUCUGAGAUACGUGUAUGGUCUGCUGCAAUUGGGGCUCUUACUGCAUUUAUAAGAUCCUUUAUUUCCCAACCUCUCGUUGCUUCUGAUAACGGCGUUCUACUCCAGCCAGUGCUAAUAUACCUUGGCAGGGCUUUGUCCUACAUAUCGUUGCUCACCUUGAAACAACCACCGAACGUGAAACCAGCUCUGGACCUGUUUGUCAUUAGGACAUUAAUAGCAUAUCAGUCUCUACCUGAUCCAAUGGCUUACAAAAAUGAUCACGCUUCGAUCAUCCAAAUCUGCACUAUUCCUUUUAGGGAACCUUCUGGAUGUGAAGAAAGUUCAUGUUUGCGAUCACUAUUAGACAAGAGAGAUGCGUGGUUGGGUCCUUGGAUCCCUGGAAGGGAUUGGUUUGAAGAUGAACUUAAAGCUUUUCAAGGAGGGAAAGAUGGGAUGAUGCCUUGUGUCUGGGAGAAUGAACUUUAUACUUUUCCUCGGCCGGAGACAACAGGUAAGAUGCUGGUGAACCAGAUGCUUUCGGGGUAUGGAAUGCUUUUUGCCACUCAGGAUCGCAGUGGAAAGCUCUCACUUCUUGGCAUGAUUGAGCAGUGCCUGAAAGUGGGAAAGAAGCAAGCAUGGCAUGCAGCCAGUGUCACCAAUGCAUGUGUUGGCUUACUCGCUGGGCUCAAGGCUUUUGUUGCUUUACGUCCCCAGCCACUGUGUGCUGACAUAUUAGGUUCCUCACAAGCUAUCUUUCAGAUAUUCACUUAUUCCCUCCAUACAGAAAAUUCACAGAUGAGUCUUGUGGUUCCUGUGCUAUUACAGAUUGUGAAAGUAAGCACAGAUGACUUCUUUGAAGCUGAAGACUUUGCAUCCAUAGCAAUGGAACUUUGUGUGGUGCAUAUCUAUAAAGUAUUUCAUAGUUCUAAUACAAGCUCACAAGAUGAUCUCAGUUGUGAAGAUUUGGUUUCUGCAUCAGUUGAGACUGCUGAGAUACUGAUACACCGUUUCAAGUCACAGAUGAAGUUGAACACAGUGAUCGCCUGUUUGAUGACAAGCUACAAUUGUCUUAGAGGUGCUUCAACUGAUUCAGGCUUAUUGAAGGUUGUUUCUUUGGUUCAGAGUAUGGGAAGUAUUUUGAAGAAGCAUAUUAAGGAUGCUAAACUGGAUGCUGAUGGUUUUGCACAAUUGAAGACAGUCUUCGAAGCUUGGCUUCUUGUGAUUAUUAACUUGAGCCAGGACUGCACCAAGGGCAUACACAUGCAGGAGAAUAAGAAAACAAAAAUAUGCAAAUCAUUGCAAAUGAAGCUUGCCUUUUGCCUUGAGCAAGCUUUUUCAAUUGCUAAGUUGGUUCAUGAAACUCAACUUCUUGUAGAAAACGAAGACAUAAACAAGCUCUUGUUCUCUGUCUACAAAUGUUGCUGCAAAUGCCUCCAAAGAACUCUCACGGACUCCAGUACGCAGGUUCAAAUUAGUGCAUUACAAGUGCUGAAAAGCAUGGCACAGAAAGAUCUAGGUGAUGGCUCUAAUGUGGAUAAUAGCCCUUUCUUUAUGUUCUUUGUUGGGGAACUCUUUGAAGAAGUUUUCAAUGUUGUAGAAAAUGCGUUGAAGAAACCAAUGAGAAAGGAAUCAGCGACAGUAGUUGGUGAAUGCUUGAGAUUGUUAGUCCUCCUACAUGCAUUGUCUAAAGAAGGGAAAUGUCAGAAAGGCCUUUUAAAUCUAUUUCUGGAGGCUGUGAUCAUGGUUGUCUCUGCAUCAUCUGAUGAUAGUUCACAGGAAGUUCUUGAGAUUAGGAGCACAGCGGUGAGGCUUGUUUCUCAUAUUGCUCAAAUGCCUUCCUCUGCCAUUCACUUCAAGGAUGUUUUGCUUGCUAUGCCAGUCACUCAGAGGCAGCAACUUCAGGAAAUCAUACGUGCGUCUGUUGCUGUGGAUCAGAAGCCAAUGCAGACAAAAGCAGUUGCCUCACCUCUCAUAAUCAAGCUCCCACAGCAAACAGAACACACUAAAAGAGAUGAUCCCCAAGUCUCUGAAUUCACAUCUUCAUCUAAGCACUCUGAGAAAGAUGAAAUGGAGGAAGAGGACGACUGGGACUCUUUCCAGUCUUUUUCUGCCGCUACUGAUACGGCAGCAGAAGCUGAUGCAAAUUCUCAAGGGAAUCGACAGAAUCCAGAGGAACAAAAGUCGGUUGACCAUCCUUCUCUUGCAGAUGAAAAUGAUUUUGACGAUAAUGAUGAUUUUCAAGAGUUCUCUAGUUCAUUACCCCGUGUGAAUGAUAAAGAAAUUUAUGAUUCUAAGUUUCCGGAGGGUGGUAAAGAGAAUAUAGGAGACGAGCAUGAUUUUUCUGCUGCCCAAGUUUCAGAAAGUAUCUCCAAGUUGUCGGAUGACCACUUAAUUGAAUCUGAUGGUUCUGAUCAUAAAGCUUUUGAAGCCAACACAACAAGGUCGACACUCGGCAAUUUCUCAGAAGACGAUGAAAAGGAAACCAAAGAAACUCAUAAGUCUGGCGAUCAUCUUGAAGGAUCAGAUAUUUCUGAUGAUACAGUUUUGGAAGCUAACAUAAGGUGUUCAACAGAUGACAGUUCUUCUGAUAACAGUGAAAAAAGCCCCAACAAAACCCUAAAAUCAGAUCACCAUCUUGAUGGAACUGAUGAUUCAGUUCAUGAAGUUUCAGAAGCCAAAACAAGAACUUCAACCAACGACAGUUCUUCAGAAGACGGUCAAAAGAAAUCUGACGUGGCUCAAAAUUCAUCCUGUGUUGAAUUGCAUCCCGAGGAAGUUGGUGAUGAUGAGAGGGAGAUCUUGAGUAGACAAGAAGUGGUUGUUGUGGAUGAUCUUCAAGAGUUCUCUGAAGCUCAAACACUGGAUGCUGAAUCAGACAAGGGAACAACUAAACAAGAUUUAAUAGAAAGUAGAAGUAGUAGUAGCUGUAGUGAAGAAAAUGCAGGAGAGUUAACUUAACCGGUUGCCAAAGACCAUCCUCAGUUCUGAAGCUGUCAUUAUAUGCAGCGUCAGUGGUGGUAUCGAGGAUCAGAUAUAAUUUUGCUGUUGUUCAUUCUAUAUAUUUCUGGUUGAUAAUCUUAUAUCAGGUAUCACCAAUUCAGUACAUGCAUGUCCAUACCUUUUUGAGCAAAAUUGGCGUUUUCAAUCCACUGUACUUGGCUAUGUUUGUAGAUCCCGUUUGUCGGU